AUGAUGUUUGCACGCUCCUCAGUCCGCACGCUUACCCAAGCUCGCCAGUUUUCCUCGUCGUCCGCGCGCCAGACCAAGGUCACGGUCCUCGGUGCCGGUGGAGGUAUCGGCCAACCGCUCUCACUCCUGCUCAAGCUCGACCCCCAUGUCAAGCAGCUCAACCUCUAUGAUAUCCGCGGCGCGCCUGGUGUGGCCGCCGAUGUCGGCCAUAUUGACACUGGCAGCGAGGUUCAAGGUUUCGCCGCGGACAAGCUUGACGAUGCCCUUGAAGGCGUGGAUGUUGUUAUCUGCCCCGCUGGCGUUCCUCGUAAGCCUGGUAUGAGCCGUGACGAUUUGUUCGCGACAAAUGCCUCUGUCCUCCGUGACCUUGCCACGGCCGUCGCACGCGUCUCGCCUAAGGCUAUCUUCUUGAUCAUCACCAAUCCCGUCAACUCUGUGGUGCCCAUCGCCUCUCGCGUCUUCGAAAAGGCGGGCGUGUACGAUCCCAAGAGAAUCUUCGGUGUCAGCGCACUAGACGUUGUGCGUGCGACGCGUUUCGUCGCGGCGCUCACGGGCAAGGACCCCAAGGACACCCCAAUUACCGUUGUCGGCGGCCACUCUGGCGAGACCAUCGUCCCACUAUUCUCUCAGUCGCCUGCAGCCAAGACCAUCACUGGCGAGGCGUACAAGAAUCUCGUGCACCGUGUCCAGUUCGGUGGUGACGAGGUCGUCCAGGCUAAAGCCGGUGCUGGUAGCGCGACUCUCUCGAUGGCGUACGCGGGUGCCAAGUUCGCGAACGCGCUGUUCCGCGGCUUGGCUGGCGAGAAGGGUGUUAUCAUUCCCUCGUACGUCAAGAGCCCGUUGUACGCCUCCCAGGGCGUUGAGUUCUUCGCGUCGCCUAUCGAGCUCGGCCCCAACGGUGUUGAGAAGAUCCACCCUGUUGGCCAGAUCACCGAGCAGGAGCAGGAGCUCCUCAAGGUUGCGCUUGAGGGUUUGAAGAAGAACAUUCAGAAGGGCUACGCGUUCGUGCAGUAG